GGUAAUAUUUUGUCCUAUCAGACGAGUCAAAGUGGGGACCGAUUCAAAGAAUCACAGUUAAAGUUUACCAAACAAAUUGACCAUGAUAACGCUGAUCGGGUGGUAUUGACCCUGGACAAAAGCAAAAAGUUCCAAAAGAUAUUUGGUAUAGGUGCCGCGUUUACCGAUGCAGCCGCUAUUAAUAUUGGUAGUUUGCCCAAUGACAUGUCCGAUAGAGUUAUCAAGGACUAUUUCUCGGCAUCUGGUAUUGGGUUCAGUAUGGCUCGUAUACCUAUAGGCGGUACCGAUUACUCAACACAUUUAUAUACCUACGAUGAUACAAAGGAUGACUAUUCACUUGAACAUUUUACUUUUCCGGAUGAGGAUAUCAAGUACAAGAUUCCGCAAAUUAAACUAGCUAAAGAGGUAGCUCAACACGGUCUUACACUCAUGGGGACACCCUGGAAUACACCGAAAUGGCUCAAUGAUAAACAAUUCCUUGACGGAUACAAAAAGCAUGGUGUAGAGAUAUGGGGUUUAACCAUGCAAAAUGAACCUAUGUCAUUUAGUUCAAUGCAGUUUUUAAACGCAUCUAUUGAGCGCGACUUCAUUAAAAAGCACCUUGGACCCUCAUUGACAAAGGCUGGCUAUACGAAGGAUAAAAUGAACUUGAUGGUCUACGAUGAUGGCAGCGAUAAGAAUCCAAUGAUCGAGUACGUGACCACGUGUCUCAGUGACAAGGAUGCUGCUAAAUAUGUCACAGGCAUUGCAUUUCAUUGUUACCUCUCUAAUAAGUAUCCUAGUGUUGAUGCAUUGCACGAAAAGUACCCUGAUGCAUUUACAAUGAUGACUGAAUGUAAUCAAAAUUCUCGCCACAAUACCGACCCCUUCACACCGGCCACUCUGGGCGACUGGGAACAGGCUACUAAUUAUGCCAAUCAGAUCGCAGAUGUUUUUCAUCACUGGGUAAGUGGUUGGAUUGCAUGGAAUUUGGCCCUGGACACAUUUGGUCACCCUAACAAGGAUUUGAAAAUGUCUGACCCACCCCUGGUCAUUGAUGCUAAAAACAAGGAAUAUUUCAAAAAUCCCAACUUUUAUGCCAUCGGGCAUUAUAGCAAGUUUGUAGCACCUGGCUCGCAUAGGGUUGAGUUGACAGCCAGUACCACUCCGGGAAGUUUCAAGCCUGAUAAUUCAGUAGUUAUUGUCUUGGUCAAUAGUGGUGCCGUCGCUCAUGAUAUGACCAUCAAAGAUCCAGCUCAUGGCAAAGUUGACAUACUAAACGCAUCUAUUGAGAAAAAGCACCUUGGUUCCGCGUUGGCAAAAGCUGAAAGACCACGACUGGGCAUAUGGGACUCGGGCAGUGACUAUGUCCGCCAAAUAAUAGACGAUUUUAAGCAUUAUGUAAGCGGUUGGGUGGAGUGGAAUUUGGCCCUGAACGUGUUUGGCAACCCUAAUAAGGAUAAGAAAAUGGCUGACGCACCCCUGAUCAUUGAUGUUGACAACAAGGAAUAUUACAAAAAUCCCCAAUUUUAUGCCAUUGGACAUUUUAGUAAAUUUGUAGCACCCGACUCAGUUAGGGUUCAGUUGACAGGCAUUAGACCUCCGGGAGGUUUAAAUGAUGCUAACCCGGUUGAUAUAACUAUCGAUGAUCCAGCUCAUGGCAAAGUUGACGCACAUGUCCCCGGGCAGUCUAUUCAGUCAUAUAUUUACUGGAAUUAA